CUAGUGUCACAUUGCUCGGCAGCUCACACAUUCAUUCACUUUGCCUUCGCUUUAGCCUUUGUGCUGUAACUUGCAAGGGACGUCGAGGAGGCUGUAGAGAGUAGUUAGCUCGCUCGCGCGCGCGCGCGCCACGGCCAUCGUGAUGGCAUCCAGGUGCUUCUUCCCCAGGGAGGCUGCCGCGGGAGGCCACCGGAGCUCCAAGGCGGCGGCGGCUGCCCUCGAGCAGCUCCACCACGGCGGUCGCGUCCUGUCCCGGGAGGAAGUCGGCGGCGGCGCGGUGCGCGUCAAGAUCGUCGUUAGCAAGCGCGAGCUGAAGCAGAUGGUCGCAGCGCUCGGCGACGGCGCCGCGGGCGCUGCGGCUGCCGCUGCCGCCGGCGAGCGGCACAGGCAGCGCGCUGCGGGGGGCGCGGGGGGGCCGGGAGCGGAGCAGAGGCUGCAGUCGCUGCGGCGGCGCAGCAUGCGGCGGGCGGCUGAGGCGGCUCGGCGGAUGCAGGGGAACGGCGAGUGGGAGCCCGGCCUGCAGAGCAUCCCCGAGGAGGUUUACUAAUGGAGACCAUUAACCAGUAGACGGCGUCGUUAAUGGUUGGUUAAUCGCAAGACUAAUCAAGGUUGGGUUUUGAUCACUACCUUGCUAAGUGCUAGAUGUAUGUGUACAGCGCUGUUUUGUUCUGCACCCUGGUGAUCGAGGGUCCAAUGCCUCCGUGAGUUUGUGCAUUUUACCCUGUGAGUUUCUUGAGAUGAAAAAAAUGGAGGAAAGGGACGUCUUUGGGUUACACUGCAA